AAGAAAACUUAAAUAUACGAUCUGCGUGGACAGAUUUUGGCAAUUAAUACGUUUGAGUUCGUGCUCCUUAUAUAGUCUCCAUGAGUCGCAAUGAAGAUCUCGAAUGGCAAUUAUGGCUUUGACAAGUACAAUACAAGAUUUUAAGGUUAUAAAAUCUGUUUCAUAUUUUUGUCAUUAAAAGCGUUGAUGAUAUUGUAGUGAGAUCGGCUGGGACGCUUUCUUCAGUCGUUCCGCGUGCUAUGUAAGUGUGCACGUACGUUAUUAAACGUCUUCACCGCACAAACAUACGCUAACCUGUAUAAAAGAACGUGAACCUCAAAUAUAACCUAUAAGUUAUCCAAAAGUUCGUAAACAUUUUAACAAAAAAGUGGAUAAUUUUAUUAUACAAUGGAAACGGUGCCAAAAGAUUUACGUGGUCUCAGAGCAUGUUUAGUAUGCUCCCUAAUCAAGACUUUCGAUCAGUUCGAAUUCGAUGGCUGCGACAAUUGUGAUGAAUUUUUACGUAUGAAAAAUAACAAAGACAAUGUCUUCGAUUGUACAAGCUCUAACUUCGAUGGAAUGAUUGCCGCAAUGAGCCCAGAAGAUAGUUGGGUGUGCAAAUGGCAAAGAAUUAAUCGCUUUUGCAAAGGUGUUUAUGCGAUAUCUGUAUCAGGUCGACUUCCAGCCGGUGUUAUAAGAGAAAUGAAGAGUAGAGGUAUCGUCUAUAGACCAAGAGAUACGAGUCAAAGAUAGAUAUAUUCUAAUAUUGGUAUUUAAUAUAUCUUUUCUACUUACAAGUUUUUAAGAUAUUUUUUUUAAAUAUAACUAUAAGUAUGUAUAUAUAUUAAAAAAUACUAUAAAUACUAUAAUAAUCAAAGGAUAUUUAUGUACAGAAUAUUAUAAUAGACAGAGUGCACUUCUAAUUUGGUUUAUGUUAGAUAUUUUUGUUAUUAAGCUAAUAAUAAUGUCCAAUGCAUUAUACAUAACAGUAUCAUUUUAUUUUGCGGACAGAAUACUGUAUUUAUUCUUGAUUAAACUACAAAAUGUAACUCGAAA